AUGAGCAUGCAUAGAGACAUAUUGUGCGAGGCACUUCUUCAUGCGCAGUACGGGAGGAGAGAUGUGCCAUGUAUUGCAGACUUUCCUACCGAUGUGUCCCGAAAGGAAGUGGAGGAAGUUUAUUUGCCGUUUCUCACAAGCGAAGAGGCCCAAUUACGGCAGAAUCUUAUACUCGGUGAUGUGGAAAUCAUUGGCUAUGACGGUGGUUCACUGCUUGCGGUGGCUGGUGAUGCCAUUGCAGCAGGGCUAGUUUUGUCCGAUAUGCUCUCAGAAGUGCCCGCCUCCACGGUGUUUCCAACGAGUGUCGGUCCUCAUUCGUCUGCCAGAUGA